AUUGCACUGGAUUUUAGCAAAGUUCAAACCAUUCUUACUUUGAAUACCAUUACUAUGCCAGCUACACGCAAAGUUGUGCCUCGCAAGCGCGCUCAGUUAUCCAAUGAAGAUUCAGAGCCCGAAUCUCUUCACAGCGACGCCCUCGACGACCUGCCGCCCAAGAAACGCAUCCGUUCUUCCAAUUCCAAGUCCAGCUCGCCUUCGAAACCCAAACUCAAGCGUAACAAACGCAAGGCCAAGGAAGAUGAUGUGAAAAAUGAAGAGGAUGUAGAUGGUAGCGAUGUAGACCCGAAGGAGGGGCAGCAAGUCGUAGGUCGCGUUGUGCAAGCUCCAAAGACAGGCUGGGUACCUCCCGGCCAGGUUUCACAGAACACGCUUGAUUUUCUAGCGAAAUUCAAAGACCCUGCGUGUAAUGACCGUGAAUGGUUUAAGCUACACGAACCAGUUUACCGUCGCGUAGAAAAGGAGUUCAAGGCGUUCAUCGAGGCGUUCACUGACAUGCUCACAGACGUUGACUCUGAGAUUCUUCCGUUACCCCCUAAAGACGUCACCCAUUAUAGAGAUGUCCGCUUCAGCAACGAUAAAACACCAUACAAGAAGGGACUGUCUGCAAGUUUUUCGAGGAGUGGCAGGAAGGGGAUUUUUGCGUUUUUACGCACCUCUUGGCAUGAGAGUCGGACAAGCUGACUGGAUAUAUGCACGUUGUUUGCUCACAGAAUGAUCAAGCCGGGUGACAAGAGCGUCAUCACUGCAGGUGCACGGUGUCCUGGGAAGAACGAACUUUUGACUCUCAGGUACGUCUCGUCUCCGCUUUGUUUCCGUGGUUCUUUUCAUACUUUCCAUUACCUAACAUAAAUCACCUACUUCGUUCCACACCCGCCGCCAAGACUCUGCA